GACAGGAAGUAGUGAGGCGGCUGUCAUCCUCAGGUGAGCAUCCAGGCGCGGGCUGUUCGGGACCGGCGUUCCUCUCCUCCUCAGCCUCCCCGGGAUGUGGGCCCCCAUCCCACGCGCCGCCCGCACCGGCCUGUGAGCCUUAGGAGCGGCCCUGACCCUCACAGAACCAGUUGCGGGGCCUGGACAACAAACACAUGGAGGCCGACAGGAUGGGGACCAGCACGUCGUCGCCGUGGGGGAAGCCGGCAGCCGCUCCCCUGAGUCAGAUCCAGGAAACCAUUUCUGAUAACUGUGUGGUGAUUUACUCAAAGACAUCUUGUUCCUACUGUGACAUGGCCAAGAAGCUCUUCCAGGACAUGAACGUGACCUACAAAGCGGUGGAGCUGGACCUGCUGGAGUACGGAAGCCAGUUUCAGGACGCGCUGGACAAGAUGACUGGCGAGAGAACCGUGCCAAGAAUAUUUGUCAAUGGGACUUUCAUCGGAGGUGCCACCGACACCCACAGGCUUCACCAGGAAGGGAAAUUGCUCCCUCUGGUCCAUCAGUGUUAUUUAAAAAAAGGCAACAGGCAUUUUGGCGACAGUGUUUGAGGACGUCUCAAUGUGUGAACAGUCCUCAUGAAAACGUUGUUAAAAUGAUGAACAAUAAAUCGCUGUGGAAACCUCA